AUGGCAUAUUUGUGUGUGUGUGUGUGUGUGUGUGUUUUAAUGUGUUUAUUUACAGCUCGAGAAGGAUUUCCGGGGGCACAUCAGAUGCAAGGCCACGGCCAGACAGAAUCAGUACAGGCACCUAGGAGCAGCAGGCUUCAGAGUAUGGAAAGCUAUCUUGUCUACUCUGCACCUGAACUCUUUCGGCAGCACUUUAAAAAUGAGGCAGUGCCGUUUUUGCUGCAGCACACACUUUUCCAAGUGACUUUCAAGCAGGAAAAUGGGAUGAUGAUGAUAAUUUAUUUAUGCCCUGCCCAUCUGACUGGGUUGCCCCAGUCACUCUGGGUGGCUUCCAACAGAAUAUAA